CUUCCUUUUGGGCAGGGCAUUGUGGGCCGGCCCACUUAACAACAAAAGCAAAUUGAUUGAGAUGGACUCCGCCGCCCAACAGACCCAUACCACAUCUCGCCGCCGCCGCCGCCCGACCGCCGUCUCCGGCGACGCACCGUGUCCUGCAGGACCUUAGUCACACCUGAUACAGGAUUCAUGAGCGCCACACCUGCAGCAAGCAGUAGCAUACAAGCAGCUCUCUCAUACUGCGUUAGGCAAGUCCGCAGCUAUGACUACCACCACUAUCUGUGCCUUCUCCACCUGCCCCCAGCCAUGCGCAAGGCUGCAUUCACCUUUAGGGCCUUCAACGUCGAGACAGCAAAAGCCAUGGACGUUGUGUCGGACCCUAAGACUGGCCUCAUGCGCCUUCUCUGGUGGAAGGACGUGGUUGACAAGGUCUUUGCCAACAAGCUGGUUGAGCACCCCGUCGCCCAGGCACUCUCUUUGGUUGUUUCGGAGCACAAGGUUAGCAAGCAUUGGCUCAAGAGGUCCGUGGAGGCAAGGAUAAACGACGCAAACCGUGAUGAGGGUGCCAUUCCUGAGACAAGUGCUGAGUUGGAGAGGUAUGCUGAAGACACCCAGUCCACCAUCCUUUACAUGACGCUGCAGGCUGGUGGUAUACAGUCCACUGUCGCUGAUCACGCCGCCUCGCACAUCGGCAAAGCCAGUGGUCUCUUGUUACUGCUCAAGGCACUGCCUCACCAUGUAAAUAAGCAAGGGGUGAUACCGUAUAUCCCAGCUAAUAUUGCCGAGGAGUGCGGCCUGCUUACACGGGAGGGUGGCCGGUCGGAGGUCAGGAUGGACGAGAGGUUGCCUGAUGCAGUUUUCAAGGUUGCAUCUGUUGCUGAAGCUCACCUGCACAAGGCGCGCGAGCUGGCCUCAUCUGUGCCAAGAGAGGCAAUCCCAGUGCUCCUUCCGGCCUUGCCAGCCCAGGUCCUCCUAGAUUCCCUGCGGAGAUGUGAGUUCAAUGUCUUUGAUUCGCGGGUGUCGAGGGGAGUGCACGGAGUCUCUCCCCUGUGGUAUCAGCUGAAGCUUAACUGGUACUCGUGGCGAAACAAGUACUGAAUCCGGUCACCGUUGUUCUUUGGAGCGAACUGCUGGUUGUUGUUGUUCCUUGUAGCAAAGCUGCCCUCAUGGUUUUGCUGUAAGAUUGAAGAAGAUGAGCAGUGUCUGCUAAUUGCUCCAACUGGUCGGCUUUGAGCAUAUUUUUUAGCUUGCUGUACAAUCUCCCACACACUGUUGAGAAGUUUAUGUUGUUUUCAGUACCGUUUUACAUGAAGCAGAUGAAUCUGUGUUGUGUACUACUGGUACUGAGGAUCCGUUGUGCUUCUGGGCUCCUUUCACAUUACAUGUAUCCUUGACAUUUA